AUGAAUGAGGAGUACGAUGUGAUUGUGCUGGGCACCGGCCGCACAGAAUGCAUCCUUUCUGGGAUCAUGUCAGUAAAUGGAAAGAAGGUCCUUCACAUGGAUAGAAAUUCCUAUUAUGGAGGUGAAAGUGCAUCUAUUACACCAUUGGAAGACUUAUACAAGAGGUCUAAUAUACCAGGUUCACUGCCAGCCUCAAUUGGAAGGGGAAGAGAUUGGAAUGUGGAUCUGAUUCCUAAAUUCUUAAUGGCCAAUGGUCAGUUGGUUAAGAUGCUGCUUUAUACAGAAGUCGCCCAAUAUCUGGACUUCAAAGUAACUGAAGGAAGCUUUAUGUACAAAGGAGGGAAAAUCUACAAAGUUCCUUCCGCUGAGGCAGAAGCUUUGGCAUCUAGUCUGAUGGGGCUGUUUGAGAAACGUGGGUUCAGGAAAUUCUUAGUAUAUGUUGCCAACUUUGACGAAAAAGACUCCAGAACUUUUGAGGGUGUUGAUCCUAGGAAGACUACAAUGCGAGACAUGUACAAGAAGUUUGAUUUGGGCCAAGAUGUCAUAGAUUUCACUGUUCAUGCCCUUACCCUUUACAGAACUGAUGACUAUUUAGAUCAACCAUGUUAUGAAACCAUCAACAGGAUUAAACUUUAUAGCGACUCUUUGGCAAGAUAUGGUAAGAGCCCAUAUCUUUAUCCACUUUAUGGCCUUGGAGAGCUGCCUCAAGGAUUUGCAAGGCUAAGUGCCAUUUAUGGAGGUACCUAUAUGUUGAACAAGCCAAUUGAAGAAAUCAUUGUAAAUGAUGGAAAAGUGAUUGGUGUAAAAUCUGAAGGAGAGAUUGCCCGUUGCAAGCAGCUCAUCUGUGACCCUAGUUAUGUAAAAGAUAGAAUAAAAAAAGUAGGCCAGGUGAUCAGAGUUAUCUGCUUCCUGAGCCACCCAAUUAAGAACACCAAUGAUGCCAAUUCGUGCCAGAUCAUCAUUCUGCAGAACCAGGUCAACCGGAAAUCAGAUAUCUACGUUUGCAUGAUUUCUUCUGCACACAAUGUGGCUGCACAAGGAAAGUAUAUUGCUAUCGUUAGUACUACUGUGGAAACCAAAGAACCUGAGAGGGAAAUCAGACCAGCAUUAGAGCUUUUGGAGCCAAUCGAACAGCAAUUUGUUAGCAUCAAUGAUCUGUAUAUUCCAACUGAUUUGGGAACAGAAAGCCAGAUCUUUAUUUCCCGUACUUAUGAUGCUACAACUCACUUUGAGACAACUUGUGACGAUAUUAAAGACAUCUACAAGAGGAUGAUGGGGUCCGAGUUUGACUUUGAAGAAAUGAAACGAAAGAAAAAUGACAUUUAUGGGGAAGACUAA